GGCGCCGGCGGGUGCCCGAGCUCGCCAGGACAAAGCGGAAGGGGAAGGGCUCGCUUCCCCCCACCCACCGGUGCAGCGCGCUAGGCGGGUCCCGGCGGCAGCAGCAGCAGCCACGCGCGAAGCGGCCUUGGCGAGCCCCGCUGCUUCUGCCCCGGCCGCUCCAUGGCCGCGGCCCCGCUGGGCGGCGCCGCCGCCGGGAGCCUGCUGCAGUUCCUGAGGCUGGUGGGGCAGCUCAAGAGAGUACCACGAACAGGCUGGGUGUACAGGAAUGUAGAGAAACCAGAGAGUGUAUCAGAUCAUAUGUACAGGAUGGCAGUCAUGGCUUUGGUAACUGAAGAUAAACAACUUAAUAAAGACAGAUGUGUACGACUAGCUCUGGUUCAUGAUAUGGCUGAAUGCAUUGUUGGAGAUAUAGCACCUGCAGAUAACAUCUCCAAAGAGGAGAAACAUCAGCGAGAGGAGGCAGCUAUGAAACAUUUGACCCAGCUGCUAUCAGAAGACCUGAGAAAAGAAAUCUAUGAACUCUGGGAAACUCCUCUGGCACCACUACUUUCCUUUGGGACCUACUGCCCUUCUUCAUUUACUGCAACAAGUGAAGAGGAGACAUGGUCUAUUGAUCAACUGAUCCCUGUAAAUCCAAUACCGAAGUAGAUAUCUGAUCAGAAGCCCUGGUACUCCGCUCCUGCUGCAAAGAGCUCUCCUCCUCACUUUGAGCACAGAUGUUCUGUGCCCCACCAUCUCUGAAACUGAUCAAGAGGCUGAAUAGGGCUUAGAAGAACGGCACAGAGUAUCUCCUGCUAACAAUCCAAUAAUGGAAUCAAACCUUUUCAGUUUACAAAAACCAGGCAUGUGCAAGCUAAUAUCAUGCAGAGGAGUAUGAAAGUGCCUUUGUAUUCCCUGUGAAAGGUAAACCCUGUAAAGAGCUCUGUAGGUGGUGAAUAAAUGGAAUUCUGGGGUUUCAUGGUGAACAUAAAACUUUCUUUUAUUUGAAAUUAAGAAUGGCUCACAACUAUAUUUAAAUAUUCAGGCUAGGAGUAAUUCAUAUACUGGAGGAGUAUGUACUGUGCCAAAAAUCCAUUUAUUGCUACUUUCACUAUUGAUUGACAGCCAAAUCCUGGUCUUACUGAAGACAAUGGGUGCUUUGCCUUGACUUAAGUGGCACCAGGAUUUGAUCCUGAUCAACCAAAGUGAUAACAAUUAAGACACAAAAACAUUCACAUAAAUUUUACAUUAUAAUGCUCCUUAUAAAUUGGACAUGCACUUGCAUAGUCUAUCUAUGAAAUUGCUGUAAGUAGGGGGAGGAAAUCACACACAUAUGGACAUAAAAUUAAAAAUCAGACAUGGAAAGAUCUAUUUGGUUAUAUGAACCCAUCUUCCUGCCAAUGCAGGCAUGUUCUCUAUUGUAUAUUGCCUAAUCAGUCAAGACAAGAGAGUUUAAAAACUCUAAUAUACCGUAAUACACCAAUAACCAGUAAUAAAUGCAAAACAAGAUUUUAACAUUCAACUAUUUCACACUGCUUUUAAACUUAAAGUACAAACCCUACAGCCCAGGCAUUCCAAAAAUGCACUGGAUCACGUUCUCUUUUCCUGAACCCCCUACUAAUGCCUGCAACCAUUAACAAUCCAGAUUAAAUGAAACAAGCAUAUUUUCCACUUUGUUCUUGUGCCAUGUAGGAAAGAAGCAGAAAACUGGAGCUAUCUGAAUAAUUUAGAGCAGGCUGCUUAUCUACUAUCAGACACAUACCAAAUAAGCUCUAAGCAAAAAGAUUUAAUCCAAAAUGGCAUUAAAACAUAAUUCAUUGGGAGGGGCCACGUGAUGGAUGCCAUGAGUAUGGAGAAAAUUUGCUGAGUUCCUCAUACCAAUGCAAUUUUAUUUUCUUUAAAGAAAAAUAAGGAGAGUGUAUUCUUGCCACUCCAAAUUACUGAAUUUAUAGGAUGUGAGGAGCUCUGGCCUAAAAUGGUGACUAGGGCAACUGUUAACAUUACAUGAAACACCUAAAAACUCUAGCGAGUUUAUGAAGAAGGAGGGGCCUGUAAGGCUGUGGGAGCUUUAACCCGUUAGGUGCUGAGCAGAGUUCGGUGGAGAAUGGUAAUUCUGUUUCAUGGAGAGUUUCAAUAUUUGGUUCCAGUCUGAUUCAGAAACACUCCUCCCACCCCCAAAUUUUGAUAUUUGCUGUGAAAGGGAACCUGACUCUACUGGAAGCCCUUAGAACAUUUUGAACUUAAACACAAUUUUAAUGUGCUUUGCAGGCUCAGCACCUGCUUAUUUUUAUUAGUUAGGGCCAUGUUCCGCCCUUGGACGUGUCUGCAAGACUCGUGCUGAAGGCAACAGGAGUUCCUCAGUAUAUCUUAGGGCAGGACUUGGGCAUUUUUGUUUCACUUAAAAGGUGGUAAUUACAGUGAUAUGACAGUUACUGAGCUUUUGCUGUUUAUGCUCCAACCUCUAAAAACAAGGGACAGUUGAGAUAACAGAACUGUAUGUAAACAGAUAUGCCUGAGAGAAACAUCUUUUGAACUCAUUCAUUAUGUGAAUUUGAGUCUAAUCUAUCCAAGAAUGUGGUAAACAACAUUCUGAAUCCAAUCUGAAGGUCUUUUCACAUACUCCAGUCAUAACCCCUCUAGGUUCAUCACAGUGUAAAAAUCAAGAUGUUGUGGCUGAUCUGGAACAUGUUUUUAUCUGGGAUAAUAAUGUUGAAAGGAAAGAGGGCACAGUGUUAAACAAGCCAUACCAAAGUCAGCAGCAGUAUUUAUGAAGAGCAAUAUGCAUCUUACCCAAUCGAAUGUGACCUAGGAGGGCAGCGUAAAGAGAGAACAGCAAGAGUUAAGAGUUGGCAUAGUAUGAAGCAAAACAUGGGUUUAAAAAAAAAAAAUCCAAACCAUCUCCCAUUAAAAUGCCAAACAGUCCUGGGGAGAAAAAGAAAAUCAUAUGCAUCAAUUCCUUGACACUUGGAGAAUAUGGAUCAGUCGAAACUCCUUCAAAUAUACCUUCACCUACUGCUGUGUUACAUAAUCAAACAAAUACUUGGCAUGUACCCGAGUCUAGAGUAUUAGUCCACUAAACCUUGUGCUGUCUCAGAUGGUUUCAUCUUCAUUAAAUCACUGUUUGAACAGACAUUCUUGGGUUCAAUGAGACAGCACAGCACAACACACUUACAGCCAACAAGACUAGGCCAUAGGACAAUUUUUA